GCAAUUGGCAAACCGUGUUCACCAAUCACCCUGGGGUUUCCUCCAAAGUCCGUGACGUGCACACGGUUGCGUCGUAGACUUUCCGCAACGGUCUUCCAUUAAUACAAUUAUUCUUCUUCUUCUUCUUUCUCUGCUCCGCCCUACAAAUCAGGAGCAGUUUUUACGGUUUCAAUUUUGUCUCUAUCUGAUCGAAACAGCGGGCGACGAUGGGUGAAUCUCAGGCACAGGAGCAGGAGAAUGGGGCGUCUUCAUCAGCUUAUCAUUCCGACGUUCACUCUCUCGACGCCUCUGUCUCAGGACUUCGUGACAAGCAUCAAAAGGAGCUGGAAAACUUGACUCUUGCAACACAACCAGUCAGGACGAUUCGAUUUUUCAUUUUAGCUGUUUUAAAGUUCCUUCAGAGACCACUACUUUGCACCUCGUCAAAGCUCAGUUGGCUUUUUCUUAUAAGCACCGUAGCUGCUGGAUUUGGGAUUUUAUUUUUAAGCUUCAGGAAGCCUUAUGGAGAGCUGACUUUGAAGGUGCCACAACCUUUACAGGAACUCUUCAACUAUCUUCAAUUCGGAACCUGGUGGGUAGCACUUGGAGUAGCCUCAUCAGUUGGUUUGGGUUCUGGCCUGCACACAUUUGUCUUGUACUUGGGCCCUCAUAUUGCACUGUUCACCUUAAAAUCAGUAAAUUGUGGUAGGAUUGACAUCAAAAGUGCUCAAUAUGAUACUAUUCAGUUUAGAAGGGGUCCUUCAUGGAUGGAUAAGGAUUGCUCUGAAUAUGGUCCCCCCAUAUAUUCUUCACCUGAUGCUCGGAUUCCAUUGACGAGCAUAUUGUAUAAGGUUCAGAUGGAGGCUAUGUUAUGGGGUAUUGGAACUGCACUUGGAGAGCUACCUCCUUAUUUCAUCUCUAGAGCAGCUUCUAUAUCGGGUCAGAAGUUAGACAUGGAAGAUAUGGAUUCUUCUUCAGAAGAAUAUUCUGGAGUCAUUGGGAAUUACUUAAACCAGAUCAAGAAGUGGUUUCUCUUGCAGUCACGAUAUCUGAAUUUCUUCACAAUUUUGGUUCUUGCAUCGGUGCCAAAUCCUCUAUUUGACCUUGCUGGUAUCAUGUGUGGACAAUUUGGCAUCCCAUUUUGGAAGUUCUUUACAGCAACAUUGAUUGGAAAGGCAAUUAUCAAGACUCACAUACAGACUGCAUUUAUCAUCUCACUGUGCAACAAUCAGCUUUUGGACUUGAUCGAGAAUGAAUUACUUUGGGUGCUCAAUCUCAUCCCUGGAGUUGCAUCAAUCCUUCCUAACAUCAUGUCCAAAUUGAAUGUCAUUAAACAGAAGUACUUGGCAGUAUCUCCUCCAAUUCCAUCAAAUGUCAAGGGCAAAAAGUGGGAUCUGUCACUCGCUUCGAUAUGGAACACUGUUGUGUGGCUCAUGCUUGCGAAUUUCUCAGCUAAGGUUGUAAAUGCAACUGCCCAAGGGUGUCUGAAGGAGCAGCAGGAGAAAGAGUUGGCCGCAUUUCCUACGAGUUAAUGAUCAAUGCUGUCCACUACACAGUGCUUUGAUUUUAGCUACUAUCAUCACUUCUUAUGGCUGUAUGUUUUUGAGCAGCCAUAAAUAGCAGUAUUGUGAUGGACAGACAGUUUAGCAAAUACCACUGCCAGAGGCAAAACUAUAGGUUAGCCUCUAAUUCAUGUAUAUAGACCAACAAUAAGUAUUGGAUUUCAUUACCCACAUAUGUUCUCAAGCCUUUUAAUUACCUAUAGAUACUAUGAAUAUAGUCAGCUAUGAAACUAACAUUUAUUUAUCAUUUUAUGUUAAAAAUAUAUAUAAAUAUUGUUUGUAUA